AUGCUCUACUCCAACAAAGAUGGUUCAAGCAACGACGAUGCUGAUAGGGAGGAGUCUGUCGACGCUGACCAGGAGGAAGAAGCGAAUCUAUCUUCCGAAGGCCAGGCUCCGUUAUUCUUUGUCGUUUUCCGUGGCCCCGCUCCUGGCGUCUACGAAAACUAUUCCGAAGCUCGCAGGGGUGCGGACGCGAACUGCCCCAUCACAGUUAUGGAAAACCAAGAUGACGCCAACCACCUCUUCGUCGAGGAGUAUAUGAAGCGUCAUCAGUCAGGAGAAAGCGAGAUCGAGCGCACAGCAUUUCGUGCAAAUAUGGGUUUACCGUUCAAAGUACUGGCUCAUUUCGAGAUCAUUCUCGCGAAUGUCGACUAUUGGGUAUUUUUUUGA